GAAAUAUAUGGCGCACUUGACAUCCACCGAUGGACUCUAAUCAGGAGUGACAUGAUUGUUUGCAUACAUAUGGGGAGGUGCACAACUGCAUAUAUUGGUUGCUCACAUGAUCAUUGGGUCCCCGAAUAGCCCGUCCUAACCUACCUUGCUUACAUGUCUUGCGUUCCGUUGCCUGAAAACAGAUGGACCACGCACUCGCUCACACCACCCAGAAAAAAUAAUUCACUUGUCUGUCUUUUCAAGGUGGGUUAGAGGGAAUUUUGUACUUCUCAAGCAGAGACUCACCUCCUCAUUGUGGGUAUUUCGUAAGAAGUGCUUCUGUGAGUUAUGGGUGAUGAAGAAGAACAAGUUGCUGGGAGACACGAAGAAGCUUCUUGCAGCCAGAGGGGUAUAGUUGAGCAUCCACUUCAAGGGGUAGGAGUUUCAACAGAAAUAGUCGAGGAAAACACAUCAGGAGAACACAUGAGGCAGGAAGCUCUUGUCUUGGAGAUACCAUCAAGAAAUCUAGAAAGGGACAAGUAUGGGACAUUUAACGAAACCCAGAUUACAAGCCCCACAACGAAAAGGGUAAAUUUUUCUCCCUUACAGAGCCCCAAUGUUGACAGAAAUAAGGUGUCAUCAGGCUUCACCCUGAAAAAUAAAUCAAACUUAAGAAGUCUCCUUCCAAAGUUAAGCUUCAAGUAUCGGAAUACUACUUCAGAUAUUGAGAAAGCGGCAAUCCUAGCACUGGGAGGUUCAUCCGUGGAAAUACGUGAGAAGCCUGUGAUUUCAAGGACCCUUUCCUUAACAAAGCUUUUCUCACCUAGAACGAAGAGAACAUCAUCCUUUACUGUCAACCCAGUUGUCCACUCAAAUCCGGAGUCUUUGCAUGGACGGAAUGCUGUUGAUCCACCAAGCUCUUCUAAAGGAGCGGCCCAACUACCUAUUCACCGUUCUCGUUCAGUUCCUUUGCUUAACGACGAAGGGAGCAUAAGACAAUUGGAUUCUUUGGGUGGUCUGUUUCGAGUGGUUCCUGCUACUCCAAGGGGGGCUGAGGGGCCUAUAAGAUCGAGUUUGAUUGCAUCGCCAACUGAUGAUAAUGAUGGAAAUGAUGACGGAGGUGAAAAUAUCCCUGAAGAAGAUGCUGUUUGUAGAAUCUGCUUCGUUGAACUGGGGGAAGGUGCUGACACCCUCAAGAUGGAAUGCAGUUGCAAAGGAGAACUUGCAUUGGCUCACCAAGAAUGUGCUGUAAAAUGGUUUAGCAUCAAAGGUAAUAGAGUAUGUGAUGUGUGCAAGCAAGAGGUUAAGAACCUACCUGUUACUCUUUUAAGGGUUCAAAAUGUUCAGGCCAAUAAUUUGCAAGGAAGUAGACCUAUGCAAGUUGAGGCUGUUCCGUACAGGGUUUGGCAGGAUGUUCCCGUUCUUGUUAUCAUCAGCAUGCUUGCUUACUUCUGUUUUAUCGAACAGCUUUUGGUUGGGAAAAUGGGCUCCGGCGCGAUCGCCGUCUCUCUUCCAUUCUCCUGCAUAUUGGGUCUUCUUGCAUCCAUGACAUCAACAACUAUGGUUAGGAGAAAAUAUGUCUGGGUAUAUGCAACUAUUCAGUUUGGACUAGUGGUUGUCUCUGCUCAUCUUUACUACUCCUUGGUUCGCAUGCAGGCAGUUCUCUCUGUAAUGCUGUCUUCUUUUACCGGUUUUGGAACUACAAUGUGUGGAACUACUAUUCUUUCUGAGGUUUUGAAUUGGAGGAUAACUUGGCUUUCACUUAGAAAUCAGCGGCGGGCUUCUCAAGAGGUCACGAAUCCAGAUCAACCACCGGCGACUGCUGAUCCGAACCAAACAGAUUCUCAACACCCUGAAACUGAAAUGAGAGAUCCAGAAGCUGGGCAUGGCUGUUGAUGUUAUGUGAAGCAUCAGUUUCUCUGCAGUGAUGUCGAAACAAAGGUGUGAUGAUGUACAGAAAAUAUUUCACUAAACGGAUAAAUAUAUAAUAAUGAAAAUAGUGCACAUAUAUAGACUUGAAAAUUUCAUUUGAAACUUUGCUAGGUGGUUGUAGAUUCCUUAACAGUAAAAGACACCAUCUUUGGUGGCUUUUGGACUCUAGAUUGUAAUACUACUGUCAAGUGAGAAUUAAGAGUUAAAUUUAUUCUACAAUGUUGAUAGACAA